UGUUCGUAUGCUAACCAGGUCAGAACGUCGCGCGGUGUUAUUUGCAUGUAUUUUGGAUGAACAUUUUGAAAACUUAUUUUUGUUUCAAUUUUUUUCCAAUAAAAAAAAGUUUAAUUAAAUCGAAAGAAUCGUGUGAGUAGAAUAUUAUAUAUUAUCUCUGCCGCUUGGUUGGUACGUACGUGUUAGUAUUAGUUGUAAGAAAAAGUUUUUUUUUUUAUCAAAAUUUAACCGAAAGAUUUUGGAAGGCUCAAAAUUUCCCCAGAGGAAAAUCAACAAAAUUACUCGUACAUCACACCUUUCAGAUGAAAUUCUAGUCAUUCCUCGUACGCAUAUUUUAUACACCACUUUAAUUUUACUAUCCUAAGUCUUCAAUCGAUUAAGUCGAACUACAAGCUCAAUUACCGCAAAAUGUCGAUGUGCGGCAGAAAUAUCGGUCUAAAAGCGAUGCGGCAGGCUCAACUAUCGCGGGGAUGGUCUAUCACAAAAAGUUCAUAUUCAACGAAGGUUGAAUACAAACCGAUUCGCUCGGUCUUGGUGGCGAACCGGGGAGAAAUUGCGAUCCGUGUGUUUCGGGCAUGCACCGAAUUAGGAAUUAAAUCGGUGGCUGUGUAUUCCGAACAAGAUAAAAUGCACAUGCACAGACAAAAGGCUGAUGAAUCGUACAUGGUGGGAAAAGGACUCGCACCGGUCGAAGCAUACCUCAAUAUACCGGAAUACAUUCGAGUCUGCAAGGAAAACAAUGUGGAUGCCGUACAUCCCGGUUACGGCUUCCUAUCGGAACGAUCAGACUUCGCACAGGCUGUAAUCGAUGCGGGUUUACGGUUUAUCGGUCCGUCACCAAGAGUUGUUCAGCAGAUGGGUGAUAAAGUCGCUGCACGAAAAGCGGCUAUCGAAGCUGGAGUGCCAAUUGUUCCUGGUACAGACGGACCAGUCACCACAUCUGAAGAAGCAGUCACAUUCUGCCAGAAACACGGUCUACCAGUGAUAUUCAAAGCAGCUUAUGGUGGCGGUGGACGUGGUAUGAGAGUUGUGCGAAAGAUGGAUGAAGUGGACGAAAUGUUCAAGCGGGCUAGUUCUGAGGCGAAAGCCGCUUUUGGCAAUGGUGCCAUGUUCAUCGAAAAGUUCAUCGAACGACCACGCCACAUCGAAGUGCAAUUAUUGGGUGAUAAGGCCGGUAACGUGGUGCAUCUGUACGAAAGAGAUUGUUCGGUUCAACGGCGUCACCAGAAAGUGGUUGAAAUUGCACCGGCUCCACGAUUGCCCAUCGAAGUGCGUGAUAAGAUGACUGAAUGUGCUGUGAGAUUGGCGAAGCAUGUCGGUUACGAGAAUGCCGGAACCGUUGAAUUUCUGGCCGACGAUAAGGGAAACUUUUACUUCAUCGAAGUGAACGCUCGUCUUCAAGUUGAACACACCGUCACGGAGGAGAUAACUGGAAUUGAUUUGGUGCAAUCACAAAUUCGGAUCGCGGAGGGAAUGACCUUGCCCGAAAUGGGAUACACGCAAGAGAACAUUAAGCCGCAGGGGUAUGCGAUUCAGUGCCGUGUCACAACAGAAGAUCCAGCGAACGAUUUUCAACCGAGCACUGGACGUUUGGAAGUAUUCCGGUCCGGUGAAGGUAUGGGCAUUCGAUUGGACAGUGCUGCAAGUUAUGCUGGAGCCAUUGUGUCGCCGUACUAUGACUCCCUUCUGGUCAAAGUCAUCUCACAUGCCAGUGAUCUGCAAUCGUCCGCAUCCAAGAUGAACCGUGCGCUAAGAGAGUUCCGAAUCCGUGGCGUUAAAACGAAUAUUCCGUUUCUGCUGAACGUGCUGGAGAAUCAAAAAUUCCUGAACGGUGUGCUGGACACAUAUUUCAUUGACGAACAUCCGGCGCUGUUCCAAUUCCAACCGUCGCAGAAUCGAGCACAAAAACUUCUGAAUUAUUUGGGUCAGGUAUUGGUAAAUGGGCCACAAACACCACUAGCGACCAGUUUGAAACCGGCCGAAAUUCAACCGCAUGUACCCACCGUUCCGUUAGAUUUGUCGCCAGAAGCCAUAGAGCUAGAGGCUAGAGGGGAGCGGAAAGUGACAGACCCACCGGCCGGACUACGCGAAAUCUACAAAAAGCAAGGUCCUGAGGCAUUUGCCAAAGCAGUUCGCGGAAAGAAGCAGCUUCUGCUGAUGGACACAACGUUCCGUGACGCUCAUCAAUCGCUGCUGGCCACACGAGUCCGUACUCACGAUCUGCUGAAAAUCUCGCCGUUCGUCGCUCACAAUUUCAACAAUUUGUAUUCGCUGGAAAAUUGGGGCGGAGCAACGUUCGAUGUUUCGUUGCGCUUUUUGCACGAAUGUCCAUGGGAACGUUUAGAGGAUAUGCGAAAUCGAAUUCCGAACAUUCCCUUCCAAAUGUUGUUGCGAGGUGCUAAUGCUGUCGGCUAUACCAACUAUCCGGACAAUGUGGUUUACAAGUUCUGCGAUUUGUCGGUUCAAGUUGGAAUGGAUAUCUUCCGAGUGUUCGACUCGUUGAAUUAUCUCCCGAAUUUAAUUCUUGGAAUGGAAGCAGCUGCAAAGGCUGGUGGUAUUGUCGAAGCAGCCAUAUCGUACACUGGCGAUGUCAGCGAUCCGACGAAAACCAAAUACGAUCUGAAAUAUUACACCAAUCUGGCCGAUGAGCUGGUGAAAGCCGGAACUCAUGUUCUUUGCAUCAAAGAUAUGGCUGGCUUGUUGAAACCCACUGCUGCAAAACUUUUGGUAGGUGCUAUCCGUGCAAACCACCCCAAUGUACCGAUACACAUUCAUACACACGACACUUCUGGCGCAGGAGUUGCUAGCAUGUUAGCUUGUGCAGAAGCUGGUGCUGACGUUGUCGAUGUGGCUGUGGACUCAAUGUCUGGUUGCACGUCUCAACCCAGUAUGGGAGCUAUUGUUGCUUCACUGCAAGGCACACCAUUAGACACCGGAUUCAACUUGGCCGACAUAUCCGAAUAUUCGGCGUAUUGGGAACAGACCAGAACGUUGUACGGACCGUUCGAGUGCGCCACCACAAUGAAGUCCGGAAACGCUGAUGUGUACAUGAACGAAAUUCCUGGAGGCCAAUACACCAAUCUACAGUUCCAGGCCUAUUCUCUCGGCCUCGGCGAUUUCUUCGAAGAUGUGAAGAAGGCGUACAAAGAAGCGAACUUGCUGUUGGGAGACAUUAUCAAAGUGACACCAUCGUCGAAGGUUGUGGGCGAUUUGGCUCAAUUUAUGGUACAAAAUCAUCUGUCCGCAAGCGAUGUGAUCGAAAAGGCUGAAGAACUUUCGUUCCCGAAAUCGGUGGUAGAAUUUCUUCAAGGAGCCAUUGGCAUUCCACACGGCGGAUUCCCCGAACCAUUCCGAUCCCGAGUGCUAAAAGAUAUGCCACGCGUUGAAGGUCGACCGGGAGCAUCGUUGCCACCAUUAGAUUUCGACAAAUUGCGAGCCGAGAUCAAAGAAACGUAUCCGAAGGCCACCGAUCGUGAUGUUAUGUCAGCGGCUCUGUAUCCGCAAGUGACCAAAGACUACUUGAAUUUCCGCGAUCAAUACGGUCCGGUCGACAAGCUGGAAACGAGAAUCUUCCUGGUGGGACCGAAAGUGGGCGAAGAGUUCGAGGUGACGAUUGAAAAGGGCAAAACAUUGGGCAUCAAAACACUGGCCAUGGCAGAAGAUUUAACGGCGAACGGCGAGAAGGAAGUAUUUUUCGAACUGAACGGGCAAUUGAGAUCUGUGUUCAUCAGAGACAAGGAGGCGACCAAGGACGUGGCUUUCCAUCCAAAGGCAACGAAGGGUAGCAAGGACGAAGUGGGAGCUCCAAUGCCUGGAACUGUUAUUGAUAUCCGCGUUAAGGUUGGCGAUCAUGUCGAAAAGGGUCAACCGUUGGUGGUUCUGUCUGCAAUGAAAAUGGAAAUGGUCGUUCAGGCACCGAGAGCCGGUACAAUAAAAUCAUUAGAAAUUAGCAAUGGCAUGAAACUAGAGGGCGAAGACUUAAUUGUAGUUAUUGAGUAGACAAAGUCGACUCAAAUUGUUUAAAAAAAAAACGAAUUCGAUUUCUUAAAAUUCCUUAUCCCAUUGGCUUAGCUCGUAAUUUUUAAUUUUUACAAGAAAAAAAAUCGAUUUUGUUGAGCAAUCAUGAAUCAUGGAAAAUUAUUUUCUUUUUUACAAAUGUUUGCUCUUUAAAUUUUCGUUUUAGCGAUAUUUUUGUAUUUGGGGGUUUUGUGUAUGCGUAGCGGCUAGGCCGAGGAUGCACAAUUUAAAAUUAUUUGUAAUAAACAAUUUUUUGUUA